AUGCGCCGCGACCCAGCCCGGCUCGGGAGUCGGUGCGGGGCAUGCUGGGAAGUGAGGCCGCUCCCCAGUUCCGCCCUGGUGACUCAGAGCCCGUCCCAGGCGUCCCCCGCGGAGCGGCCGGCGUUGUCGGGACUCGCCUCCAGCCCCCGCAGCCGCCGAUGGAAUGAGGCCGUUCGAGGGCUUUGCACGUCCCAUGGUGCGCCCAGCCCAGCCACCGGCACCAGCCCGCCCUCGCCCCCCAGCGGCUGCGGGGCCGCCUCUGUUGGCAGCAAGCCCGGAGGUGGAGGUGGGGGGGGGCUACGAACGACCGAGCCCUGGCACAAAUUAAACACUGCACCCAUCCCCCGAGUGACGCGGGGCCGCCAGGCAGCCCAUGAGCCCCGCAGCGAGCGGGGCAGGCUGCUGCCUCGGCGGCCCGGCAAGGAGAGCAGUGAGGGUCCCGGCGAGAGGAGACGGGCUGGGCCGCGGCGGCGCGGCCUCUCCCGCUCCCGGGCCUCUCCGCAGCAGGGGGAGCCCUACGCGCCCCCGCCCCGCCCCCGGGCUGCUCAGACCGGGCUGCGGCGGCGCGGGCGACGCUGGGCCGGGAAGAUGGCGCCGCCGCCGGGGCUGCUGAGGCGGCUCUUCCUGAGGUCCGGGAGCCGGAGUCACACAUUGACUCGUUCUGCAUUCAUUGCAAGAAAACCUGACCAUACUAAACCAAACUGGGGAAAGGUUGCACUGACUUUUGGCACUACUGCAGCUCUGUGGGUCCUACUCUUCAAGCAACAUAAUGAAGAUGUAAUGGAAUAUGAAAGGAGAAGAGAAGAGAGGGAGAAACGUGAUGCAUGUACAGGAUGUUCCUAGUUGACAAUAUGCUCUAAGAAGUGAUUGAGCGAUAAUUGUAAUCCACAAGGAAAUGAUGAACAGGGUAUCAGAAAAUAUCUGGAUAUUUAUCUGUUCUCAAUGUUUUGUACAGAGCACUGUGAAAUAAACAGCAAUUAAUAUGGAA